AUGUCCAAAAUGCAAUGUGCAGAAUGUAGCAACAUUCCGGCUUGUAACGCUGAUACAUAUUUUGAGAAACAAAUGUUUUGUUGGGAGAAGGGUGUUAAAAAGUGGACACCAACCAAAGGGAGGAGGGUUUGUGGAGAAUCGUGUUUUAUUGGAGUUGACGCGAUUGAAAUGGGCUUUGUGCAAGGCUGUGGUAGCUGCCCUUCUCACUUGGAAAAAUGCGUGAAUUGUAAUACCCCGUAUUGUAAUGUCGGGAAUAGACUUCCAACUAUAAAAUGUCACUACAACAUUCCUAAAACUAAGCUUUAUAAGAAAAAAGUGAAAAAAUGUCACCCUAUGUAUACUCAUUGCUAUAUUGCUAAGGAUAAAUUUGGGAGAGGUAAUAAUUUGAAUUUUUGGUUCUAUCCUAUAAUCCUCAAAAAGAUUUUAUACUAACUAGAUGGUAUUUUUUUUAGGUUCUAACUUGAUACUUUAGGUUCUAACUUGAUAGUGUGGUUUUAAUGCUGAAUAUGUCAAAAUUAUUUCUCAAGUUGAAAAUCCAUCGGCCUACAUAAGUUUGUUCCUGUCCUAGAGUGACAAAGUUUGGGAUUUUAAUUGCAAAUUCAUCACC